CGGAAAACCAAAAAAACACGAUCUUUCAAUUUUCAGUUGGCAUCCCUUUCAACAAUGAAACAUCUGAUGAGCAAAGUCGCGCUUUAUUUGUGCGCAUUUUUGGUAGUUGCAGACCAUAAACAUUGGCUUUCAAGGGCAAAUGAAAGUCAGAAUAAUCUGCUCGCUAAAUAUUCGAUCGGGACACCUUAUCACUUUUCAAUCCCUUCUCCGAUGAGCCAAAAGUAACCAUCUUUUCUUCUUCUUUAAAUGGAUGUAAAAAUUUGAAUUUGAAAAACAGAUUAACCCUUCUUCUCAAUCCUCAUCCAUGAUCAGAUCCCGCAUUUUUCUUGCACAAACCCAUCAUCAAUCCAGCUCCAUAUGUAUCGAUUUUCCUGAAUCGGGUAGCCCUAACAUUGAUACACACAGUUACCCUAAAGCAUGUUAAAUAGCCAUUGCAGUUGCAGUUGUAGUUGCUGUAUUAACGACGACCAUCCCAACCACCACCAUCACCACCACAAGUUUCUUCCCAAACGCAUUAUCUUAGUCCGCCACGGCGAGAGCCAAGGCAACAAGGACGACGCGGCGUACACCGUGAUCCCCGAUCACAAGAUCCCCCUCACCUCUCAGGGAUUCGAGCAGGCCGAGCUCGCCGGGUGGCGCAUUAGGGACGUCAUUUCCGAUCAAGAGUCCUCGCGUUCCUGGAAAAUCUACUUCUAUGUCUCCCCUUACGAGCGCACCCGCUCUACUCUCCGCGAGAUCGGCCGUGCGUUUCCUCGGAAACGGGUCAUUGGGGUCAGGGAGGAAUGCCGGAUCAGGGAACAGGAUUUCGGGAACUUCCAGGUUGCUGAUCGGAUGAGGGCUUCCAAGGAAAACCGUGAGAAGUUCGGCCGAUUUUUCUUCCGCUUCCCUGAAGGAGAAUCCGCUGCAGAUGUUUUUGAUCGGGUUUCAAGUUUCCUGGAAUCUCUAUGGAGAGACAUUGACAUGAACAGACUUCACCAAGGACCGGGUGAUGAUUUGAAUCUGAUAAUCAUAUCGCAUGGGCUGGCAAUUCGGGUCUUCCUAAUGAAAUGGUUCAAGUGGACGGUGAAGCAAUUUGAGCGGUUAGGUAACCUUGGUAAUUGUGAGUUUCGGGUGAUGCAGCUUGGGAUGGGAGGAGAAUACAGUCUAGCAGUUCAUCACUCCGACGAAGAAAUGCAGUCUUGGGGGCUUUGUUCUGAUAUGAUAGAAGACCAAAAAUGGAGAGCUAGUGCCACCAGGGGUGAUUGGAAUGAAAGAUGUCCCUGGUACCUUGAUGCUUUUUUCGACACUUUUGCUGAUUCUGAAGAUGAAAAUGAUGAUGACGUUGAGAUCGAAACUGAUGAAUGCAGCCUACAGAACACUUCUUGUGAUUCUUCUUGAUUCAUACAUAAAGAAGUGCUAGUGUGCUACUUACCUCACUUCACCUCUGGGUACUACAUUUAUGGAGGUUUCUCUGAUUAUAGAUGAUGAUGAUGGUGGUGGUAGCGUUUCUUGUAAAGUUAGGUGUAGCUAACUUUUGUAAUUACUAGUUACUAAUUAAUUCUUGGGAAAUUAUACGCUUUGGGUCCCUCAAUUGUUCAUUCAUUCAUUAUUACCAAAUGUUGAUACAUAAUUUACAUGUUAAGUGUACGAUCAAAAUGGUCCUUUAUUCAUGAAUGGGUCAACGAAGCUUCUUUUUGAAAGCC